AUGGUUGUGAAUGAUUUGAGUUUGGCAGAGAGAUGCAGGAUUGGGUAUGAGGAGCAGAAUGAGUGGUAUUUCUUCAGCCACAAAGAUAAGAAGUAUCCAACUGGGACAAGAACCAACAGAGCUACCAUGGCAGGGUUUUGGAAGGCGACAGGAAGAGACAAAUCAGUGUACGAAAGGACCAACCUCAUUGGCAUGAGAAAGACCCUCGUUUUCUACAAAGGAAGAGCCCCUAAUGGACAAAAAACUGAUUGGAUCAUGCACGAGUAUAGGCUCGAAACCGUCGAGAAUGGACCUCCACAGGCAAAGAAAGUGAAACAAGUCCAUAAAAGUCUCAUCUUAGCUUUCCAACAUAUAAUCGAGUGUGUGCAGGAAGAAGGGUGGGUUGUGUGUAGAGCAUUCAAGAAAAGAACCAACUGCCAAAUGAAGACUAUUGAAGGAUGGGAUCGAAGCUACAUAUACGACGAACAAGCAAGUGGUGUCAACUAUUCGGUGGACCCUAUUGACCGUAUGUUAAGGCAACCUCAGGGGAAUAAUAUUUCAGCUCAAAAUUUCUUGUACAAGCAAGAGAUAGAAGCAGAUAAUUUGAGUUUCAUGCAUGCAGAACAACUGGUGCACGUGCAGCUUCCUCAGCUAGAAAGUCCUUCCAUGCCAUUAGUAAAGAAGCAAACCUCAGUGUCCCUAAUAUCAGACAAUAUAAACAACGAAGAUGAUUAUCAAAAGGGAUUAUCCAACACAAAGAAAGUGACUGACUGGAGAGCACUUGACAAGUUUGUGGCUUCUCAGUUGAGUCAAGAAGAGAGGCAUGAAACAGAAGCGGUGACAAGCUUUGCAACUCACACCAGCUCAGAAAUGGCAUUUCUGCUACAUCAGAAUACUAGGGAAAAUGAAAAGAACAAGUUCAACCCGUUUUUAAAUACAAGUUCAUCAGACUGUGACAUUGGGAUAUGCGUAUUUGAAAAAUGA